CUCAACUCGUGGAAAAUGGAGAGCACAUGAAAACGGGAAGGAGGGAAAUCAAAAACCUAAAACCCUAGCAAAAAUAUUUGCCACACAGAAGAGUUCCUAAACCCUCUUCACAGUUUUGCCAGCAUGGAGCAUUAGACUACUCCGACAUCCCCUUUUCCUCCUGCCCACUAAGCUGCACAGUGAGCCGUUUCCAUGGCGAGACUUCUUCUCCGGAACACUUUGUCCCUCAAGACGUUUCUCGUACCAGAGGGGUUGAGGAGAGGGAUAUUGGGAACUUCGUCUCAAGUUUGCAACUUUGCAACCAAAAGUGAGACUUACUCUACUUUUGAAGGUAAAAGAAAAUCAAAGUCUGAUGGAAGUGAGUCCGGCGAGGAUGACAUGUCAAAGAGAGAGGUAGCACUACAGCAAGCUCUUGAUCAGAUAACCAGCACAUUUGGGAAAGGAUCUAUUAUGUGGUUUGGACGGGCGGUUGCUCCAAGAGAUGUGCCUGUUGUUUCCACAGGUUCCCUUCUUCUUGAUGCAGCUCUCGGCACUGGGGGAUUCCCAAAGGGACGUGUGGUGGAGAUUUAUGGUCCUGAGGCAUCUGGGAAAACCACACUUGCUCUACAUGUAAUCGCUGAAGCACAGAAGCUAGGAGAAUACUGUGUUUUCGUUGAUGCGGAGCAUGCUCUUGAUUCAUCAUUGGCCGAGGCUAUUGGUGUGAAUACGGAGACCUUGUUACUUUCCCAACCUGAUUGUGGUGAACAAGCUCUCAGCCUUGUGGAUACCAUAAUUCGGAGUGGUUCCGUUGGGGUGGUCGUUGUUGACAGUGUGGCAGCUCUUGUCCCUAAAAGUGAACUUGAUGGCGAGAUGGGUGAUGCUCAUAUGGCAGUGCAGGCUAGGUUGAUGAGCCAGGCACUUCGGAAACUAAGCCAUUCAUUAUCUCAGUCGCAAACAGUUCUGAUAUUUAUAAACCAGGUGAGGUCAAAGAUUUCUACCUUUGGAGGGUUUGGUGGGCCUCAAGAAGUUACUUGUGGAGGCAAUGCCCUUAAGUUCUAUGCUUCAGUGCGACUGAACAUAAAAAGGAUAGGGCUUGUGAAGAAGGCAGAGGAGACUAUCGGGAGUAGGGUUCAGAUAAAGGUGGUGAAGAAUAAGCUUUCUCCUCCAUUUAAAACCAUAGAAUUUGAUCUCGAGUUCGGCAAGGGAAUAUGCCAAGCAUCAGAGAUAAUUGAGUUAGGGUUGAAAUACAAGAUAUUGACGAAGGCGGCCGCUUUUUAUACGUAUGAGGAUCAGCGUUUCCAUGGUAAGGAUGCUGUGAAGGCAUUUAUAAACAACAACAAAGAUGCACGAGAGGAAAUGAAAAUGAAGAUCAAAGAGAAGUUAACAGCAGGCUGUACAGAGAAGGAAAAGGUAGCUGGUGCCACCUCUACGGAUAGUGAACCGACUGAAGUCAUUGCAUCAGAUUCUACCGAUGAAGAGGUUGCCGCCGUUGAAGCUUAAGUGGAUGCCUCAAAUUUUCCAUCUCUUGCAGUCCCCUGAUCUGGUCAUUUGAUCCACAUGGUUGAUUUUUGGAAGAGCUGCAGACUUGGAAUGGAAAGUUCAUUGCUUUGAAGGAUGGAACAUGACCUCUUGCCCUGAAAUCAGAGAUAUGGUUUCCGAGUAUGUUAACCGUUACUGUAAAGCGUAUGGUUUCUCAUCACUUGACUAAUGUUCGGUGGAACUUGGCAAACUAUUACAGUGUAGAGGACUCAAGGAAAAGGUGCCAUGGGGGUCCUUGCCCUAGUUUUCUUUGGUUUUUGCAUAUCAUGUCCAUAUGUGAAUGUGAUUGUCGAACCAACUGAUUUUGUAAAUGUGAGUUUAGUCAACUCUUUAACAUUCUGCAGUCCGGGAGCAUGCAAUAUAAAUGAUGGAAUGCUUCCAUGUAAAAUUUCUAUUACAUGAAAAACAUGAAGAAGCCUGGUGAUGUUGAUA